AUGGCACCGCUUAAAGUAACUGUGGUCGGCUCGUCGAGCAUCAGUCGGCAGGCUGAGCGAGGAGUCCUGACGGUCUCAGCCAAGGCUGAAGGACCAGAAAAGGAGCUUGUGAGCCAAGAAGUUACCUCAGCCUCAAAGGAACUCCAUAGAAUGUUCACAGAGCUAUCUCCAAAGACCGAGUCUGGAGCUGCCACGGCAGAUGCUCCGAUUACGGUGUUUUCAUCCACAAUGUUGCGGACAGGGUUUUAUGACAAAACUGAUAAAACGCCUGAGACGAGAACCCGUGUCCACACUGCCACUUCAUCGUAUAGUGCCAUCUUCCGCAAUUUCGCCAAGCUUGGCGAAGUGGUAGGCAAGUUGAUGACUCAUCCCAACGUGAGCAUUGAAAGGGUUGAAUGGAAGUUGACCGACGCGACUAUCAAAUCACUGCAUUCGGAGUCCCGAACGCUAGCCAUGCAAAAUGCCAUUGAGAAGGCAGAGGACUAUGCUAGGGUUGUUGGGCGGAAAGUAUUUGCCUGUGAGAUUAACGAAUCGGAUCAUGGAAAUCAGGUGGCGAUGUUACAGCAGCAGCAGCAGCAGCAGCAGCAAAUGGCUAGGAGUGCUGUGUACGGCAGUGGUGCUGGUCCUAGCCACGAUGGAUCUGUUGACAUGACGCCGCAGGAUAUUCGGUACACAGGGCGUGUGACCGUGAAGUUUGAGUCUGAACCUGAGAUGUAA